AUGCGAAAAAAGUACCAGGUUCGCGCCGGGAGCGAGCCCGUGUCCGCUGCCUACAACCACCUCGACGACCACAACGACUACGACUACCACCACGACUACGACUACAACUACAACCACAACAACUACCACCACAACUACCACAACAACGACUACAACGACAACCACCACCACCACUACAACAACAACCACUACAACAACCACCACUACAACCACCACUACAACAACCACUACAACAACCACCACCACCACGACUACAACAACCACUACAACCACCACCACGACUACAACAACUACAACAACAACCACCACCACGACUACAACAACCACUACAACCACCACCACAACUACAACAACUACAACAACCACCACUACUACUACUACCACCACAACUACCACUACAACGACGACAACGAAGGCUCCUCCAGAUCCAGUACCCAGUAA